AUGUGGAAAUUAGUUUUCUUAACCUUAAGUGUUUUGUGCUUAUAUGGAGAAACCAAGUACGAUGCCGAGCGGAAGCAUAAUAGAUGGAUUAAUAAAGAUUUAUCUAAUGAAAUCUCAACGCGGAAAUCUCAUCAAAAAGGGGCCAGUCCUCCAGAUCACACUAAAAUAGUUGCAAUGGCAAGAUACGUGUUACACAAUUGUGAUUGGGCAUCCAUUGCAACUAUUUCCGUAUUGCCAGCAAUCGAAGGAUUCCCAUUUUCAAAUGUUAAAUCGAUUGUAGACGGGUCUAUGGCCAAUUCUACUGGUAUACCGUACUUUUAUAUGUCACCCUUAGAUUUUACAGCGAAAGACUUAUCGAAAAACAGUCGAGCUACGAUCUUAGUGUCGUUAGAAGAAACGAGAUAUUGUGAAAAUCAACAGUGGGAUCCAGAAGAUCCGCGAUGCACCAGACUAAUGCUUUCAGGAAAAAUGAAAAAGGUCAAAGAGGGCACUCCCGAGUACAAUUUCGCGAAAGCAGCUUUGUUUGAAAGACAUCCGGCGAUGGCCAACUUCCCUCCUGAUCACGAAUGGUUCAUCGCCAAAAUGAAGAUCGCGCAAAUCGCAAUGGUGGAUUGGUUUGGCGGCGCGAAGUACGUGCCGGUGCGAGACUACCUCGCAUACAACUACACUGGAAAUGAAAUGUUGAACUAUCACAACCAGUUAAUACAUAGAGUUGUUUUAAAU